AUUCAAAAUUGUAAAGAAAAAUCAAAUAGUUAUAUUUUGUUAUUAACCACCUGGAAAUUAUGAAAAAUAUGAAAUUCUCAAUUCGAACCCCUCGUCACCGAGCGCCUCGGUUGGGGGUUUUGAAAAUUGAAAAUAAACCCGAUUUAGAAAUGGAAACCCCUUUAGUCCUUUUACACACUCAAGGAGGUCAUAUUCCGCACGUCACUCACGAAGUUUUCAAACUGGUGAGUACGGAACCGCAAAUACUACAAAUCCCCCUAGUCAGCAUGCAUUGCUUUCAAGAGACUUCGCAGUACUACAAUGGAACGAUUUCAGAGUUCAUCGGUAGUAAAAACAGUUUGACUUGUCUGACACUACAGGAUCCCAGCAAUUUGACGAAGCAGGGCCACCAUAUAAAAGAUAAAAUCCCUAUUUGGACGAAACAAGGUAAGGUACUCUACGAUUCGGAAAUGUACAUGAAUAUCGUGGAAUCUUUCAAGCCCGACAUGUACUACCUGCUGUCUGAUGGAGAUACGAACAUGACCAGUUCUCAAAAAAGAGUGUCGAAAGCUGUGGAGAAUACAAUAACUUUUAGCAAGCAAUGCUUGGAACGGCAUAGGAAGUCGGACAUUCUGAAGGAUAAGUUUGUCAUGGCCCCGAUAGCAGGCGGAUAUUGCUUGAACUCCAGGGAAAAGUGCAUCAAGGCUAUAUUGAAGGACCAGGAUGUCCUGGACGGGUUCCUCAUUGAUGGUCUGCACAACAACGGUCCAGAAGUCGAGUUCUUACCAUUCAACGAAUUAAAACCUGUAGUUAGCUAUGUGAUAGAUAAAUUACCUCCAGAAAAACUGGUCUCCGUGCAAGGCUGUUGGAACCCUUUGAACGUAUUGAAGCUCGUGCAGGAGGGAGUUGACGUAUUUGACACCUCAUAUUGUCGUAUUUUAACAGAACGUUCUGCUGCGCUGACUUUCUCUAUUGACGGGGAUGAAGAAAGUGACAGUUAUGAAAUGAACUUGCGUCAGUCAAAGUUCGCUGAAGACUUUGACCCUAUCAUUGCGACGUGUGAGUGCCUGGCUUGCAAGAAAUAUUCCAGGGGGUAUAUUCACCAUCUGCUAACUGUUCAAGAGCUGUUGGCUCCUGUUCUACUCAUGAUUCACAAUAUUCACCAUUAUUUGAGGUUCUUUAAGAAAAUUCGGGAGUGUAUCGCUAACGAUACCCUAAGCGAGUUGGAAUAUAGGAUUUCGGAGCAGUAUAAGAGUCACCAAGACAAGGUUAUCAGCAGAAAGGCAGAUGAUGAGGUGUUGCAUGGUUUCAGAAACAAUGUUGGUGAUAUAGAAGUCUGAAAUUUUCUACUUCGAACUUGACUUUAAAGAAUAAGUUUUUGUCUAGAAUAGCAUCUAAUAAUAUAAAUAAAAGUCUCACACACUC